AUGGCCUCCCAAGAUGUUGAGGAAGCUACUGCGCUGAAGGUGCAGGGUAACAAGGCCUUUGCUCAGCAUGAGUGGCCCACUGCUGUAGAUUUUUACACCCAGGCGAUCGAGAAAUAUGACAAAGAACCGUCAUUCUUCAGUAACCGGGCUCAGUGCCAUAUCAAACUCGAAGCAUAUGGAUUCGCGGUUGCGGACGCCACGAAGGCACUGGAGCUGGAUCCGAACUACAUCAAGGCGUACUGGCGACGAGCCUUGGCAAACAGUGCGAUUCUGAACUAUCGCGAUGCGAUGCGAGAUUUCAAAGCCGUUGUGAAGCGCGAACCGGGUAACCGCGAUGCGAAGUUAAAAUUGGCGGAGUGCGAGAAGCUGGUGCGCCGGUUGGAAUUUGAGAAGGCUAUUGAGGUUGCAGACCCGCCGUCGGCUUUUGAGAGUUUGGAUAUUGACGCUAUUGCUGUGGAUGAUGGAUAUGACGGUGUGAGACUGGGGUCGGAGAUGACGCAGGAGUUCAUCGACGACAUGAUUGAGCGGUUCAAGAACGGGAAGAAAAUUCACCGGAAGUAUGCGUUCCAGAUUGUCAAGGCUGUGAAAGAAAUUGUCUAUGCCGAGCCGACGAUGGUUGAGAUUGGGGUGGAUGAGGGCAAGAGGUUAACUGUUUGUGGUGAUACGCAUGGUCAAUUCUUCGAUUUACUGGAAAUCUUCCGGCUGAACGGAUUCCCUUCCGACACUCAUGCGUACUUGUUCAAUGGCGACUUUGUGGAUCGUGGCUCGUGGUCUACUGAGAUUGCCCUCCUCUUGUACGCCUACAAGUGGCUGCGGCCAAACGGCAUCUUCCUGAACCGUGGAAAUCACGAAACGGACGAUAUGAACAAGGUAUAUGGUUUCGAAGGUGAAUGCCGCGCCAAAUACAAUGAGACAAUGUUCAAGGUCUUCUCCGAGUCCUUCUCAGCGCUACCUCUUGCCACCCUGAUUGGCAACAAGUACCUUGUCCUCCACGGUGGUUUAUUCUCCGACGACAAGACGACGCUGGACGAUAUCCGAAAGCUCAACCGCCACAACCAGAAGCAACCCGGUCAGCAAGGGUUGAUGAUGGAGAUGCUAUGGACGGAUCCCCAGACAGAGCCUGGUCGCGGACCCAGCAAGCGAGGUGUUGGUCUCCAGUUCGGUCCAGAUGUCACAAAGCGCUUCUGCGAGAACAACGGGCUGGAAGCUAUCAUCCGCUCGCACGAGGUGCGCAUGAACGGGUACGAGGUUGAGCACGAUGGACGGUGUAUCACCGUUUUCUCUGCUCCGAAAUACUGCGAUACGACAGAGAACAAGGGUGCUUUCAUCAAGAUCGGACCAGAGCUCAAGCUCGAAUACCAGGUUUUCGAGGCGGUGCCUCACCCAGAUAUCAAGCCGAUGGUGAGUCCUACACGUGAUCUGACACGUAUUUUGCCUUCUCUUAUCGUGAAUGAAGCACUGAUAGCAUCUAGGCCUAUGCGCAAAAUUCGUUGA